CCUUUGUCAGCUCGCGUGGUAAUCACGACAGAUGGAAGACGAUGUUGAGAUGGUGAGAAUGCCACUGUAUAAGAGGUUUGGCGGUCGCACACCGAGAGAUCAUCAAUCUGAACAGCCCAGCUUCAACGACCACUCGAUUUGGUAUUCUCAACCUGAUCACCCAAGAUGCUGAAACAAACUUUGCUCUGGUAUGCCACCAGCAUCAGUGCCGCCGUCGCGUUCCCUCACGAGCGCACCAACUUCAGAAAUACAACGACACCCCACCUCCGCGUCGAGACGUUCGUCAACAAGGACCAGUCUCUCAACAUGGUAUCGUCUCUGAUCAUCGGUGCUGAAGCAGCAGUCAUCGUCGACCUUCCCCUCGCCAUCCCCCAAGCCCUGACACUGGCCUCCUGGGUCCGCAACACGACCGAUAAGCCGCUCGUCGGUGCAUUCACCACGCACUACCAUCCAGAUCACUAUCUCAGCGGCGCGAGCUUUUUAGAACAAUUCCCUGGGACACCGUUUUACGCGAUUCCAGAGGCUGUGGAGCACAUCAAGACGGAGUUUGAGUACCAGGCACAAAACUGGUCCACGGCCUUUGGCCCGCAGAACAUAGCCUCUCACCCCAUAGUCCCCACCCCCUUCAACAGCACACUCUUCACGCUCCCCGGCAACGAACACACGCCCAUCCACCUCCUGCACCCCUUCGCCGGCGACACCGUCGACCAAACGCUGUUCUGGCUUCCGUCCACCAAAACGCUCAUCGCAGGCGACACCGUCUUCGCCUCCUCCUUCCACCUCUGGCUCGCGGACCAAGCCACGCCCGCACUCACAUCCGCGUGGCUCGCGACCCUCUCACUGAUCGCGGACCUCGGACCACGCACCAUCGUGCCCGGCCACGCGCUGUCCAACACUGACUUCGCCGGCACUUCGGAUCUGGAGUACACGCGCACGUACGUGGAGUUCUUUGCCGCGGAGGUGCAGGCCAAGGGCCCGGACUCCUAUACCCCCGAAGAGAUUUACAGGUUGCUGGAUGAGCGGUUUCCGGGCCGUGCGGUGGAGGGCGGGAAUGCGGCGACGAUACUGAAUUUCACGAGUCAGGAGUUUGGGAGGGGCGGGGGGAGGUAUACGCAUAUGAUUGAUUUGGGGCAGUAUACGGAUGAGAGGGAUUUGGAGGGGUGGGAGCUUCGGAAGGUGUAGAGAGUGUCUGGGGUUGGGGGUUGGGGGGAGGGUUCUGUGUGGAAGGGGGGUAAGAGAGCUGGAGGUUGUUGUAAGUAUUGCCAGAAAAUUGUACUUUCGUGUGUCAAUGCAGAACAAGAAUUCUCGAAUAGAAGUACUACUCAUGUGUCCCGUAGUGGAGACCACAAGUCCAAGAAUCAUGUUGGGCUGCUGCUCUUCUCCACCAAUCAACAAGCGUUGUGAAGCUGCGCCUUAAGAUCGAACUAAUAACAUCUAGUGGCAAAUAACG